CUUAAGCCCUUAAGCCACUUCAACUCUGUUACCUCAUUUUGGGGACACAGAUAGAAACACAGUAUGGCGAAUCUCUACUACUCUGAUUCCUCUCUCUCUCUCUCUCUUUGUAUUUCCCUUUAAAAAGCAGAUUUAUUAACUUCUCCAGUCCCAUGCACUUUGUCUUCUUCACCUCCAGCACCGCUACUUCCUGUGUCUAUAUAUAGAAUUUCCUCUUCUAGGUUCAUAGCUUGUCCUAAAACCUCUUCUCUUAUUCUCAACUUCCCCAUUUGUCUACCUCUCAAGAUACCUCUCUAUAAUUACUUGGCUACUUAGUUUCUGACAGUUACAUAGCGUUACGUUGCAUUAAUUCAAUAAUGUCUAGCAGAAGAUCUCGUUCCAGGCAGUCUUCAGGUGUUUCUAGGAUCACUGAUGAACAGAUCAUUGAUCUUGUUUCUAAGUUGCAACAACUUAUCCCUGAGAUUCGCAGUAGGCGCUCCGACAAGGUUUCGGCUUCAAAGGUGCUGCAGGAGACUUGCAACUAUAUAAGAAACUUGCACAGAGAAGUGGAUGAUCUUAGCGACCGUUUGUCUGAGCUUUUGGCUUCGACGGACUCCGACAGUGCUCAGGCAGCCAUAAUUAGGAGUUUGCUGAUGGACUAAAGAACGAUAUGCAGCUUUGUUCCCAUUUCUCCUUUUUUAAUUCUACUAUAUAUAAAUGUAUAUCUAGGGUUUUGGUCGCUAGGCCAGGACAAGGGUUGAUGUGGGCUUCCUGUAGCUAGCUCCAUUUUUAUGAGAACCCUUUUCGAAGACUUGUAGUAAUAUUAAUAUUAUUAGCCCAUAUUAAUAAGAGACGACUCCUACAUGCAUUUCUCUGAAGCAUUUUGCACGUAGGAAUUAAACCCAA